GGAGCAGACAGUGGGGGGAGGGGUCUGUGUGUGUGUAUACACUGUAGGACUCAGCAGCAGCAGCAGCAACUCUACAGCCGUAGUAAAGUCUCUAACGGUCGGCCCCCUUUUUUGACCGAAAGCCUCGUACAAAAAGUUGAUAAAUGACGGUGGACUUAUCGAAAACCGGGUGAAGCAGCUCUUGCUCGCCCUGAAGUCCUCCUUUAUAUUAUCGCGGAGGACAAGGGGAUACUUUUAAUACGUCCGUUUGUUUUCAAAUGAAGCAACUGAGAAAUGCCAGUGGAAAUGCUACAUCCGAAUCCAAUGCCUCCCUAGGUUUGUCACCGAUCCAAACCCAUAUGCUCGUGUGGAUCUGUUGAGGGAGCUUUGCCAGCGUUGGAGCCCAGCGAUGUGGAUCAGCAUGCUUUACAAUGAGACUGACGCCAUCGUGGACUUCCAGCUCUCCCAGGAUUUGGGCCUCAUCCUGUCGAUCCUUUCCCUUGUCUACCUCCUGGUCUGCUUCCCCUUGGGGUUGUGCUAUAACAUCCUGCUGGUUGUGGUGAACCUCUCCAACAAGGUCUCCAUGACCAUGCCGGAUGUCUACUUUGUCAACAUGGCCAUCGCGGGACUCGUGCUCAACCUGGUGGCGCCCGUGGAGCUCCUCAGCUCCACGUUCACUCGCUGGCACGCGUGGGAGUACAACGACGAGGUCCACAUCACUCUGCUCAUUCUCUUCAACAUCUCGUCCCUGGUCAUCAUGUACUCCACCACGCUGCUCAGCUUGGACUACUACAUAGAGCGGGCGCUGCCGCGGACAUACAUGUCCAGCGUUUACAACACCAAGCACGUGUGCGGCUUCAUUUGGGGCGGCGCUGUGUUGACCAGCUUCUCCUCGCUGCUCUUCUACGUGUGCAACCACAUCUCCACCAAGAUGGUCGAGUGCUCCAAGAUGCAGAACAAGGAGGCGGCUGACGCCAUCAUGAUGUUCAUUGGCUACGCCGUUCCGGCCGUGGCCGUGCUUUACGCUUUCGUGCUCAUUUUGCGCAUCAGGAAGGAGUCCACUCCUCUGGAUCAGGACUCGGCUCGCUUGGAUCCAUCUAUACACCGGCUGCUGCUGGCGUCGGUGUGUGUGCAAUUCGUCCUGUGGACCCCGUACUACAUGACCCUCCUGGUGCACACGAUCGCCAGUGCGCCAGGGUACAUCAGCAACGGGCAUUACCUGCCUUCCUAUAACUUCAUGAGGUGCGUGUCAAAGCUGCUGGCGUUCUCCAGCAGCUUUGCGAUGCCUCUCAUGUACAGACAGAUGAACAAAAACUUCUCCGGCAAGCUUCAGCGGCUGCUCAGGAGGCUUCAUUGCAGGGACCAGUCCUGCCCUCAUGAACACUCAGCAGUGCAGCAAGUGGUGACGUGAAACUCCCUCCACUCCCGCUACCCCUUUUCCACCUCUUGGCCCAGCCAGCACUUAUCUCCCUCCUCUCCUCACUGCGCCACCCCUGCACAACCAGUGUGUGACUGGGCUUCCUCAACUAUCUGGACUGUGUGUGGAGCGUCAUUGCUAACUGUGGAAUUUCCUGUCCCCUUCCAGAGCUUAAUCUGAUCCUUCUCUCUCUGCAGUGAUGGAACAAAUCACGGAAAUAAAAAAAACAUUUGCUGCUUUUUUUUUUUUUUUAGUCAGAGACAAGAGACUUUUGGUAGUUUAAAGGUGUUAAAGUUUGUACAAUCAUCUGGUAUCAGUGAAGUUAGAGUUUAACCCAAACAUCGACGUAUAAUUGUAAAGCUGUCUUCAAGCAGCAUAUCAUAGUGGAUGUUUGGCUUAUACACGACUGCCUACAUUUCAUCAUGUGAAUCAUAAUUAUUUUUAUUUUUCAUAGCAUAAAAGCUUUUUUUUCACACAAGCUGAACCAAUAAGCUAGAAACCCAGAAAUUAAAUAAUAUAGAUGCACCAGUUGGGCUUUUCUUGGCCGAUAACAAAUGUUCUGGAGGUGGUUUGGUAGAGGUAUAGCUCAAAAUCAAUGUUACUAACCUUUCUUUGUCUUAUUUACUAAACUGAAAAAAAUGCAUCAAAAAUAAAAAAAAUUUAAUCAUGCUUCAAAAAUAUUUGGAGUUCUCCCCAUUUUAAUGCAUUUAACGUAUUAGGAAAAAAUGGAUUCUUUAGUACUUGAUCUGCCAAUCAAGACACUAUUUUGAUUUCUGAGUAAUUAAUUGGUGCAUCUCUAUUAAAUUAUGUAUCUUAGUGCUUCAUACAAAAGUAUAGCUAUAGCGGUGAAUAUAACCGUCUGUAAGCAAAAAUCCACCCGAAUUAGAAGGUGACUUGGUUUGGUUUAAUGUUACGGUUCAGGCUUAUUGAUCAUAAUAUUACCUAAUCUGCACAUUUUUGAAGGGAAAGAACCAUUUUUUUUCUUCUAGAAUUUGUCGAAUCUGUUUACCAGUGGCAGAUCCACCCUGCAGCUAUGAGUACUGGAAUGAAGACGCGUUUUCUUUGACUCAGUUUCACAGGCACAGAGAGCUUACUCUCACAUGUGCCUAGCUCCUCAGUAGAUUCACUACUGUAGUUUUAUUCACACCACCUCACCACCUUAAAAUCUCACUUGACAAAUAGAAGUGAAGCUUGUAUUCAGGGCUCAACAUAACCGGCGUACCUCUUAUUUCUCUGCUGAAACAUUAUUACCUGUUAGUCAUAAGCAGCUCCACUGAGCACAUUAACCCGAGCUUGACAACCCAGUCGCUUGAUUUUUAUUUUUUUUUCCUGAGUUGUCUUUCACUUCUGCGGGUAUUCUGUGUGCAGAACUUCACAUAGGGUCAGUGACGUCCAUGCAGAGUCUUGUAACCAAACAAGCAGUUUGGAGGUUUUGGCCAGUUGAAACAUUUUAAACUCUGGAUCACAUGAGAAAAAAAAACUGUAGAAAAUUUGGAAAAACUUGCAUAUUGAACACCUGUUUGUUAUGCGGGUCGGAUGCUGCUCAGAUGCAUUUAAGCUACUUUGCUUUUUUUUUUUGUCUGCCAUUUAUUUAAGAGAGUAUAUAUUAUUGAGCUCUUAUAAAAUGCUAAAUAAAAAGGUUACAAUUGCGCAGUGUUUGUUUUUGCCUUUGCAGACUUACUCGGUAACUCUUAGUUGAUUCCAUUCCCACACUAUAAAUCAUAAACACUUCAAGAUUAUUGAUGCAAAAAUAUUUGGAUAGCUUCUCAAUAUGACGUGACAUAAACAAUAAUCAGAAUGUUUUUUGUUCAGAUUAUAACUUGGUCUUAUUCACAGCCCAUGUUUUUUCAAACAUUUUGUCUACUGGGAAUGUUUUGUCUCCAACUAUAAAAUGAGUCAUUUAUAGGCCUGAUUUUGGCAGCAUAUGUCUACUGUGGCACCUUCAGUCAGACUGUGAGAAGCAUUCCCAAUUUGAACUGUGUAUUUGCUUUUGGAGCCACAGUAUGUGCUUGCAAGAGUCUUGCAUUCAUGGUUAGUUUACAGUGACUUGUAGUGGUAAUGCUAACUUCAAAUGGAUAUGGAGGGGAAUUUUACAUUUUCCAAAAUGGCACUUGAGCCAGUAUUUAUUUUUUCUCCCCAAUCCUCUUAAAAUUCUGCAUGAAUUCUAGCAUAAAAACUCAGCAUAUUCUAUUAUAAAAACCCUGGAAAGCAUUCAUUUUAUCUUGGAUCCAAAUAUACACCAGGUGAAUGACAAUCCUGCAUAUUUGCUGAAUAAUAAACUGCAGUGCUGCAACAAACACAUUUUAGGAGAUGAUCUGUGCCUGUUUUAUUUAAAUGUGUAAAUGUUUAAUUAUUUUGAAUAUUGCUGAGACUAAGAAGCUGAAUUUGGAGCUGCCUUCCCUGGAGACAUGCCGACUGAAUCCUUGGCAGGAGGAGUAAUUAGGAACGAUGGCGUUGGCUUACUGUGUGCUGCCUCAUAAAUGGAAAAAAAAACAUGAUCAGACCUCAAACUCACGCCCAGCUAAGACAGCUGCCCAAAUAUCAGAGUGGUUUAUUAUUUCAGAGAGGUGGGGGGCUUUCAAACUCGCAAAGGCGGAGAUAAAUCCGAAUCACUCAUUUUACUAAAACAGACACUUGGAAUCAUUCUCUGCGUGAUGAACAUGUGCAGAUGUUUGUGUUUGGACAGCAAAAUCUCAGCUGUGCAGAUUAUCCCUUUUAAUGUGGUUUAAUAAAAAAACAAAGCAA